UUGAUGUUUGCAUGCUAAUGUCAUCUCAUCGGAUCCUAAUGUGCAAGAGCCACUAUAGAUAAUAUACUAAUGCUACUUUACUUCUCCAGUACAUGGAUGGGAUCUUUUUAUUUCCUCAGUUUGAUAUAUCUUAUUCUAGGUGGCGUUUUUAGUGAAUUGUUCUACUGUAUCAUGACGGUAUGAGAUCCACUUUAUUUCAUGAUUUGAAAGAGAAGGAAUGAAAAUUGAAAUUAAAAAUCCCCCCCCCCCCCCCUCCUCCUCCUCCUCCUCCUUCCUUUUUUCUUUUUUCUGACCUUCUAUAGACUGAAGGGUUAUUUCUUUUUAUGAUAAGUUUUAACUGGAAGUUUGUUGUUUUUGUUAUGGAAUUUUCUUUUCUCAAUUUUGUAUGGAUUGAUCUUGUUGAUCGGUACUGGACAAAAAUGAUCCUAAAAGUUCAUCUGCAACAAAGUUUAGGGACUAGCACGUUUUGGUUUCCCUAGUGGCUUUUCUUGAACUAGUUGCAAUUGCUGUAAAUUGCAUUUAUGUAACUAAUAUCCCCAGAACUUUAUUUUUCGGCGUACAAAUACUAAUACAGCGAUUAUUAUUCUGAAUUUUAUUGUCUGAUUCGUAAUGGAUGUGCCCAAUCCACAAAGAAAGAAAUGAAUAAAAAAUCUAGAAAUCUUUUGUUGUCAGUUCUAUGCUAAUUUUGUUGUGUCUGUAUGAUGUUAGCCAUUUUAAUAGGUUGAAUUUUAUGAGAAACUUCCACGUGAUCAAGAGACAUGUAUACAGACUAAAGGUCAGUAAUAGGUUGAAUUUUAUGUAUUGUAACCUUUUCACGUGAUCAAGAGAUAUACAGACUAAAGCUCAGUAAUUACUUCUCCAUUGUUUGUUUAGUAAAUUAACCUGUCUAAGUGUAUAUGUAUCUUCUCCACAACUGUAGAGGGAAAUUGAAAAUGGGGGAAAGCAUCUUUGUUAUGUAGUUUAUGGCUCACUGCCGCCAGAGACUCGAACUAGACGGUCCACAGAUAACAAUGUUCAAUGAUGCAAGCAGUGACUUUGAUGUUCUUGUGGCUAGUGAUGCCAUUGGGAUGGGUCUCAAUCUGAACAUUUCCAGGAUCAUAUUUUCAACUAUGAAGAAGUUUGAUGGUUUUGAAAUGCGAGAUCAUACCGUACCUGAAAUCAAGCAAAUUAUCAUUGAGGAGCAAUAUAAUUGCGCUUACAUAUAAGAAUUCCAAUUCAUGUGGCAGUUGAAGUUUUGAAUUUGCAAGGAUUGGCGUAUGAUGUGUUUGUGACUCUGGGUUUGAGAAGUCCUACAAUAACAGAGGUGGUUCUGAUUGGCCCUUUAUAGUUUGAGAAUGACCAAUCACAUUAGAUUAAUAUACAUAUUAGUGAGCAGUUAUGCUUGAAACUAGAUUUUUCCUUUAAGAAGAUUGUGUUUAUAGUUUUAUAUGUUUUGUUUAGCCCUUUAUUUUCUAAAAUUCUUUCGUUGGUAUAUGUUAAAUUUCAAUUGGACGCAGUGUUCAUGUAAAGCACGUUGAAAUAUAAUGUGGAUUUGUAUU